CUUAAAUAUCCUCCCCUCCCGUGUCGCACACUUUCUCUGGUCAAGGGUUUUGGUGGUGCAUCUGCGUAUCCCACUCCUCCCUCCGCCUGCACGGAAAUCUUCCAGCCCUCCGGAUCCUUGGCCUUCUUGCGAAACCCCAACAAAGUAUACCGAGGACGCACCUUUUCUAGGUACUUUUCCAUUUUUGGUCGCAAGAUCUCAUCCAGCGACCAUGUCUUCCACUGCAAUUCCUAAGCGUGUUGCGCUGCACCGUAGCCCCGACACGGCCUCCUCACUUUCCUCUGCCGCCGCUUCUGCAUCUCCGUCUCCCCUCGAAAGCCCCCGUCAGUCGCCCUCCAGCACCUCCCUUUCCUCUCUGGCCUCCGAUGCACAAGCGCGCGAGCCCAAACUCCUGGACACCUACGGCAAUGAGUUCAAGAUCCCCGACUACACAAUCAAAGACAUCCGUGACGCCAUUCCCCAGCACUGUUUCGAGCGUUCGGCAGUCAAGAGUUUGGCCUACUUCGCUCGGGACUCGGCGGUGAUAGCGGCCAUCUUCUACCUGUUCCAUACAUACGUGACCCCGGAAACCGUGCCCUCCCUGCCAGCACGCGUGGCCCUGUGGACCCUAUACACCUUCCUGCAGGGCCUGUUUGGUACCGGCAUCUGGGUGCUGGCCCACGAAUGCGGUCAUCAGGCCUUCUCCACUUCCAAAGUCCUUAACGACACCGUGGGCUGGAUCGGCCAUUCGUUCCUGCUGGUUCCCUAUUUCUCCUGGAAGAUCUCCCACGGUAAGCACCACAAAGCUACUGGUAACAUGGCUCGUGACAUGGUCUUCGUUCCCAAGACCAGACAGCAAUAUGCAUCGCGCAUCGGCAAGACUGUAGAGGAGCUGAGUGAACUGCUGGAGGAAACCCCCUUCUUAACUGCCCUCAACCUGCUCCUUCAACAGCUCUUCGGAUGGCCCAUGUAUCUUUUCACCAACGUGACCGGCCACGACAACCACGAGUCGCAACGCGAGGGACGUGGCAAGGGCAAGAGGAACGGCUACUUUGGCGGUGUCAACCAUUUCAACCCCUCCAGUCCUCUUUACGAGGCCAAGGAUGCCAAACUCAUUGUUCUCAGCGACCUGGGCCUCUUCAUCAUGGGUUCUGUGCUGUAUUAUGCUGGAAAGAACUUUGGCUGGCUCAAUCUUUUGGUGUGGUACGGGAUUCCCUAUCUGUGGGUCAACCACUGGCUCGUUGCCAUCACCUACCUUCAACACACCGACCCCACUCUUCCUCACUAUAACCCCGAAGCUUGGAAUUUCGCCCGCGGAGCAGCUGCCACUAUUGACCGCGACUUCGGAUUCAUUGGCCGUCACAUUUUCCACGGUAUUAUCGAGACACACGUCCUUCACCACUACGUCAGCACCAUCCCAUUUUACAACGCCGACGAGGCCAGCGAGGCCAUCCAGAAGGUAAUGGGGUUGCAUUACCGCUCGGAAGCGCACACGGGCUGGACCGGAUUCCUCAAGGCCCUCUGGACUAGCUCCCGAGCAUGCCAGUGGGUUGAACCCACUGUGGGAGCCGAGGGAGAAGGCCAAUCGGUUCUCUUCUACCGCAACACGAACGGUAUCGGCGUGCCCCCGGCCAAGCUUUCGAAGAAGUCCUCUUGAUUUCACAUGUGGGCAAGACGAGUUCGUGGGAGUUUUCGCAGGAUCGAAACAAAAAAAUAGCCACGAUACGAGAUCCGAACAAAAAAGUUUUCCCCUUGUUUCCUUCUUUUCCCGCCCUCGUUCCUUAAAGGCAGUAUUACAGGUUUGGUUGAUGUGUAUAUGCAUGAGCGAUCUAAUGCGUGAAUAGACCCUGUCAUUUGAUUGCUGUAAAAAGUGCAUCUAUAUGGAUUUAUUCAUCUUUCUCUCCUCUUAGUCUGUCUUAAUAUUUCAUAGACCAGAUGAAUAUAAAUUAGAAUCAGAUAAUUCCUUGA